AUGAUAACUUCAUUGAAUCAUAUUCCUGAAGAAUUGGAUGACGAUAAGCACCAUUAGUCUUUUACAGAAACAAGCUAUACAGUUACAGAGAGGACCAUAGGUAUUGAUAACAUACAGCCAAAACAAACUACAAUAAAUUAAAUACAAGAGAUUAAUAAAAAUUAUUUGAAAAGAGGAAGCCUUAAUACUGAUAGACUGCUUCUUUUAAUCAGAUCUGUAAAUAAUUUCAAGUUAAACGAAAAGGAUAGCUUGAAGAUCGCUGAAGUUAAUAAUUAUAAAUUGAAUGAUAGAGAUAAGCUACUAAUGGAUAUUUUAAAGCAGGAUGUCAUCGAUUUAAAGUUUGAAGAAAACUAAAAUGUUGCUAUCUACAUACUCAGAAAGAAAAUUAAAAAUGAAUUAGAAGUUAAUUUUUUGAACAAUCUUGUAAAAAAUCUUCCCUUUUUCUCCAGUUCUAAUGUGUAAUAAGAAACAAAAGAUCACUCAUAAUUUAAAAGAAUAGUUCAAGCAUUAUAAUAUAGACAUUUUAAUAAGCAGUAAACUAUCUUUAACUAUGGUGAAAAAGGAACUGAAUUCUUUACAGUCAUAAAGGGCGCAGUUUUUUGUUUGGUUCCUGACCCAACAUACAAAAAAAUUGAAUAAAUUAAGAAACAUGAACCGCUAAAAGAAAUAGAAAAAAAAGAUAAUGAGAGCAAAGUGGAAGCCACUGCUCGUGAUUUUUUGAAUAACAUAGUUUUGAGUGUAAACAAAAAGAUUAAAAUAGAGCAUAAUGUUUUGAGUUUUGUUGACAUAAUCAGAAGCUAAGCUAGGCUAAAGAAGUAAAAAAAACCUGCUGGCAGAUAAUUAAUGAGAUCCACUACAAAAUAGCUUGAAGAAAUGUUUGAAGAAGAAGAAAAAUAAAACGAUGUCUUAUCUGAUACGGAAUUCUUAAAGUAAAAAUUUCCAGGUUUUAUAUUAGUCAAAACCUUUUUACCUGGAGAAAGUUUUGGUGAAAUUGCAUUGAUGACUCAAUAAAAUCGUUCUGCAACUCUUGUUGCUAAAGAAGAUUGUGAUCUAUUGGUUUUAGAUAAAGAGGGAUUUGAUAAAACUAUUUCAUAUAUGAAGCAAAACACUAUCAGAGAAAAAAUAGAAUUUAUUAAGAGCUUUGAAUUCUUCAGCACUCUCUCUACUAAAAGGGUUUUAUAGUUAAUUUAGCAAUUUAAAGUCAUCAAAGUUAAUGGAAGACAGAAUAUAUAUGAAGAAGGUGAAAAUUCUAACUUUUUCUUCUUGAUUAAAGAAGGCGAAGUAGAAUUGCAAUCUAGAUACAGCAACCCUCAAGAGUUAGUCAAACAAUAUAGUAUAGAUAACGAUCAGGAAUAUGAUGAUACUAAAGAUUUAAAAGAUCUUAGGAUGAAAAAAGCUAAAAUUGAUGUUAAUAAACUCCACACAGUAAAGAUUCUUGGAUAAAACAGCUAUUUCGGAGAAGAAGAAAUAGUUAAAAACUUGACCAAAAGAGAAGCAAAGGCCAUUUGCAAAGGACAAGGAGCUGAAAUUUAUGCAAUUGAAAGAAAGAGACUUCAUUAAGUUUUAGGAUACAAUAUUUUUGACAGAUUUAAAUAGUCAGUAGAUUUCAAAGAAGAAUUAAAAUCAGAGCGUUUGAAAAACGCUAUAAAAAUGCAAAUACCUCAAAAAGACAUCUCAAAUUUAAAUGAAUUCUUGGAAAAAGACAAAAAAAAGAAAGAAUUUGAAAUUCAAAAGGAAGAGCUGAAAAAAGUUCUUUUAAAAAAACAAAAAUUAAAUUUUUCAAAAAGAUUCCAAGAUUAAAAUGAGAAAGAAAAGCAAGCUGAUAGUAAUAAAAAUAAGGGUAGUAUUGAGAACUUCGAAAAUGAUUCUGAAGAGAUUAGUGAUAGUGAUAUUUAAGAAUAUAAUAGAGUCAAAAAUUUAGAAUAAUAAAAGAAAGUUUUUUACAGGAUUAAUGAUAAAAUAAAUUAGAUGCAUAAAAAUAAUUAAGAAAUGACUGUAAACCACGCCAAUCCCAACAUAAUUUAACCUAUUUUCCCUUAAAAAGAUCAUCGUAAAUCUUUUAGAUAUAAUCAAAUUCAAACAUUUGAUGAUUUCAAAAUUAGCACUGAGUAAAAAUAAAUACCAAAGUAGAUGACCCCUAAAAUAGAUAUUAGAAGAGCUUCUCAUAAAAUAAUAACAACUCUUGAUAAUAGUUUGGAUGAGUACAUUCAAAAAUCAACAAGAACUAUACAAAUAAAAUCAUUCACAAACCUAUUUGAAAUUGAUGACAAGUCUAUAGAAAAAGACGAACACUAACUACAAGAACCAGCUAGUAAAUAAUCGAAAGGAGAAAGCUAAACUAAUAUUUUAUUGAAUGAUUAAGGUAGUAGUGAUGAAAAUGCAAAAGAAAAAAUUAUGUAAUUAUAAAGCAAAUCAAUGACAAAAACUGAUAAGUUAAUAUUAAAUUUAAGCAAAAACAGCUUAGUUUAAAAAUAGCUCAAGCAAAUAAGAGAAUAAAACGAAGCUUUGCAAAAAUCUAAAACUCCUUAACCCACUUAUUAAAUUUAUAACUUUUAGAAGACUCUUACUCCUUCUUAAAAUUAGCAAGAAGAGAGUAGUCCUUAAAAAAUGAGAGUAUAAAACUCCUCAAAAAAAAUAUUGAAGAUAGCAGGGACAGGGCUUUUUCAUGAAGAGAUUGGAAAUUCUCAUUCUGUAAGCAAUUUUACAUCUCCUAAGUCCCGUCCUUUAAUUGCUAUAUCCAGUGGGAGCAAUACUAUUGCUCACAGAUAAGUGAAAACUUCAUAAGCAAAAAAUCAUUUUCAUGUUAGAUCAAGUUCAAAGAGCUAAGUAGCACUAAAUAAUCCAUCAGAAUUUUCAGCAUCUCAAAUCCAAUUAAAUAAUUCUCAUACAUGUGUAACACCAUCCUAAAAUAUUUUUAGCUCAAGCUCAACAUCAACAAAUAAUAACUAUAAAAAUCAGCUUGGAGCAUUUAGUGUCCCAUCAUUUACUACAUUAUCAAGUAUUUAAAAUUUUAGUAGCAUACAAACAACAAAGUAAAAUAGUUCACAAGCUAAUAACAAAGAGUAUCCUACAGAAAUCAAAAACGAUAUCAUAAUUGAAGAAAUUCCAAUCUCUGAAUUUAAUUUCGAGAAGUAAAUUAAAAACAAUAGUUAGUAGAGAAAAAGCGUAUAAAGCAUCAGUAAAGAUACAUAACAAGCUUAACAAGCAAGAAGAUCAGUGUUGCUUUCACCUUAAACAGCAAGUUUAUCUGCAGCAUUUGAUGAAUAAAGAUAUGCUAAAAAACCUCUUUCGAGCAGAAUAGUUAAGAAAGAGAUUGUACCUCAUAAAAUACGUCCAAUAACAAAGUUAGAGAACCAUUCAUAUUUUAAUUCAGUCCUUCAUCUUUCAAACUAAGAUUAAGUUUUUAAGAAUCUUAAUAUCUCAUAGCAAAAUAUCAAGUAAGUGAGAUCUAAUUCUUAGCUUAAAGGAAUAUCCUAACAAGGGACUAAAACCUUGUAAAAUUUUUACAAAAACCUUGAUGUAAAAGAAGAGUCAAAGACUAUCGGCUUAGAGUAAUUUAGGAAAAGGGUUUCUGCAUUAAAUAAAAACACUGUCGCUCAUAAUAUAUAAACUCAAAUAAAUGACAAUUAUUUAGUUACAUAAGAAACAAGCUCUUCCUCAAAGAGUAUGCUUAGAAUUAGAAGAUCGUAAUUGGCAACAAAUACCGACGAAUUGCUUUCAAAAACUACUAGGAAUACAUCCUCCCAUCACCAUCAAUCAUUUAAUAGAACUUUUAAUCAAAACUAGUAGCAAUUAUAAACAACUCAAAAUAUAUCUUUAGCUGUCUUAUCUUCUAAAUAUUCUGACAAUAAAAACAUCCUUUUUUGA